AAAAAAAAACGACUUAUACUUUGACACAGCUAUACAGGAAUGAUUGGAUAUUAGUUGUUCUUGCAUCAGUAAAGCUAAAAUAAUUUAUUCAAAUAAUGGAACUAAGUUCCAAAGAAACCAUAUAUAGCAUAUAUAACUACGCAUAUGUGUGUUUAUAUAAAAUAUUAAGUUAAAUAAGUAGUGUAGAAAUAGAAAUAAAAAAAGAGAUUAGCGAGACAUGAUCGAUGGGUUCAAUGUCCAUUCGGAAACUGGAUGGCAGAGGAGAAGUUGUUCCUGAAUCGUUGAGUGUGCGCCUUACUCCAAUCCUGUGCAGUAGUCCUCAUGCAGCAGACGGUGAUUCAGCCAGUUACAGUUAUAUUCGAGUGAUGUUGAAAACUCCUGAUGAAGUAUAGCCACUUGUUCUGCCUUCUUUGUAGCUGCAUAGAUAUAUUGGGUCCAGGUUAGAUACUCGGAGAAUUUGACAGCCAGGAACUUGAAAUUGCUUACUCUGUCCACGUCAAAUCCCUCUGUGAGGAUUGGUGUGUUGUGCUCCCUCAUCUUGCCAUUUCUGAAAUCCACAAUUAGUUCUAAGGAUAUAUUUUCAUCAACGCAAGGAGGAUUCAGCACUCCAUACAAGCAUAUGCAAUUCUGAUAAAGGGUACACAUCACUGAAUGGAAUUGAAAGCAUAACACAUAGAAAUGAAGAAACUUUCAUAAGAGAAGCAAGUUAACCAAUGGAAGAAUGUCCUGGCUUGCGUAUCUAGUCAGCUGGGAUGCAACGUCCAUGGUCGACUCUGAUAGGCGGAGGUAUCAUAAUACAGUUCCCCACACUCCACCUGCCAGACUGAUCAGUAGCAGUUGCCAAAACUUCCCCACCCUCUCCACACACACGGUGUGUACCACUGAGAUGCUUAUGGUCUCUGCCAGUCACGGAGAUUCCUUUCCAGCUUUCCUCCGCUCCUCCAUCACUGAGACUGAAAACCACACAUUUUCAAUCUUGUUGUUCCGAUGGGUUAUCGAUCCGAAACCUCAUAUUCCCACAUAUUCUGCUCCUGUUUUGAUGCAAGAGCAGUAGACACCUGUGACUCCCCAGUGUGCAGCUUUGCCAAAGUGCACAGUGUCCUGCUCUCCAUAUGUCCACACUAGAUCAACAUUAACAUCGUCUGUUAAUGAGGCAAACAAUGGUUUAAAUAUAGUGGCAUGUUGUUGCAACGGAAGUGCAGUCAGGAUUGCAAUAGGAUAUCAGGGGAAUGUUCACCUUCACAAGUCAGAAUAUGAGGAUUACACAUUUUCUGGGACUUUCAUCUCUGUCAAUUCCGGUGUCUGUGAAAAGAAUUUUACUUUGUCCUAAUAUCCAUGGAAGUAUGAAUCUAAUUCAUGUAAUCUCAAACACUGAAUGUUGAAAUGAGGUUAUAAUAUUCUUUGUCAGUUGAGCUAUUUAACAUUUUUACUAUGUUCUCUGUCCCCAUGGAAGAUGUUCAACAGAAACACAAGGAGACUCUGCGGGCACAAACUGAAACACUGAGAGUGAACACGAUCCUGAUGAGGGAGAAGGUGAAGGUUUUCCAGCUGGUUGAUCGAUACGCUGAGCUCACGGUCAUUUCUACUGUUCGAGAUCGGAGACUGGUGGAACAUGAGCUGCUGGCAAGAGGCAGAGACCACGAGGAGUGGAGACAGAAACAUCUCCGCAGAGAGCUAGAAAAAAUUCCGACUGAUCAGUUGAUCCAGAGCAGUUUUUCCCAGAGUAAAUCCAAAUCUGGGAGUUCGGCAGCAGUGGCCGGAGUCCCGGGGAUUGGGAAAACAACAAUGGUACAAAAGAUUGAAUAUGACUGGGCCAUGGAGAAAAUAUACCAACAAUUCCAGUUUGUCUUCAGUUUCAAAUUCCGGGAUUUAAACUCCAUUAACUGUCGAAUAAACCUGAGGGAACUGAUUCUGGAUCAGUAUCCUUACUUUGGGAAUAUCCUGAGAGAGGUCUGGAAGAACCCAGAGGGAUUGUUGUUUAUAUUCGAUGGUUUAGAUGAAUUCAAUGACAAAAUUGAUUUUUCUGAUAGUCGGAGAGACAGAGAACCUCAGUCCACAUGUACAGAUCCUGAAUUCAAGUGCAAGGUGUCGGACAUUGUGUACAGUUUAAUCCAGCACAAGCUGCUCCCAGGGUGUUCAGUGCUGGUGACCACCCGUCCCACUGCGUUACAUUUAUUGGAAAAGGCCAAGAUCAUUGUCUGGGCUGAAAUCCUUGGAUUUGUUGGUGAGGAACGGAAGGAAUAUUUCAUCAGACAUUUUGAAGAUCAGACGGUAGCGGAAGCUGUUUUCAACCACGUGAAGGAGAAUGAGAUCCUGUACACCAUGAGCUACAACCCCUCCUACUGCUGGAUCCUCGCUCUGACACUGGGCCCCUUCUUCACACAAAGAGUCAGGGACCCGCAGCGAGUUCCCAAGACCAUCACCCAACUCUACUCCUACUAUAUUUACAACAUCCUGAAAAACCACGGCCGUGAGAUUGAGAACCCCCGUGAUGUAUUACUCAGGGUUGGUCAGAUGGCCUUCAGAGGAGUGUCCGAGAGGAAGAUUGUGUUUACAGAUGGAGAUUUGAUCAAGUACAAUCUGCAGCCUUCCCAGUUCCUGUCAGGGUUCCUGAUGGAGCUUUUGGAGAGAGAGAAUUCUGCCCGGAGUGUGGUGUACACAUUCCCACACCUCACCAUCCAAGAGUUUGUAGCUGCAGUCGCACAAUUCCUGAAUCCACAUCCCGGGGAUAUCCUGAUAUUCCUCACUGAAGCCCACAGCACGACAGAUGGGCGAUUUGAGGUAUUUCUCCGUUUCGUUGCUGGUCUCUCCUCCCCAAUGACAGCUCGGGGCCUGGAGGAGUUUCUGGGUCCAUUUCCUCAUCAAACAACCUGCCGGGUGAUUGACUGGGUGAAGGGGGAGAUUAAACGCCAGAUUGGAAACACGAGGAGUGAAGCUGGUAAAAGGAGCCUCCUGAACACAUUGCACUACCUGUUUGAGUCUCAGAAUCGUGGACUGGCUCAGGCCACACUGGGAUCUGUGAAAACUCUUUCAUUCAAUGGAAUGACAUUGACCCCGAUUGACUGCGCGGUCCUGUCUCAUGUCAUCGGACUCUGUGAUGAAAUAAAACACCUCGACCUUGAAUACUGCCACGUUCAGUAUGAAGGAAUCCAGCGGCUGGGACCUGGGCUGCAGAAGUGCCAGGAGUUGAAAGUUGGGCAGAAUGUCCUGGGAGAUUCAGGAGUGAAACUGGUGUCUGCGGCUCUGAGGAACCCGGAGUGUAAAAUACAGAAACUGUGGCUGAAGGGCGUCGGUCUCACAGAUUCUGGUGUCGAGGAUCUCGUCUCCGCUCUCAGUAAAAAACCAUCACUGACGGAGCUGGACCUGGGAUUAAACUCGCUGACAGAUGGAUCUGUCCCCGCUCUCCGACGCCUCAUACUGACCCUCCCGUGUCUGGAGCGGAUCGAGCUGGGGUGGAAUCAGUUCAGUGAGACCGGGGGGAAGGAACUGAGAUCUCUGCAGGUACCCAGACCCGGACUGACAGUGAUCCUGUGAACAUCUGAAUGUGUGAACAUCCCCGCCCGCGGGAUGGGGACAUUUUGGCCAAUUCGCACACUACCCUUUAACUGCCACUCUUACCUUCAAUUGCCACACGCCAGGUGUAAUUCCCAACGGUAUUAACGGAACUUUCCAUUCUCCCGCAGUGACGUAUUUCCGCCUAUUGUCCGGCGGCGCAGUUUCCACCGGAUGUGCUGGUUAGGGACUCCCCACAUGAGACUCUGUGGAAUUACACAGACAGUAAGAGUCUGGGUUCCGGGGCUCAGUCUGGGACACCGGUGUCCCGGGGUGGAAUUAUCCCGGGAGAGGAUCCUAUAUCUCCCUUUGCUGAGGACGGUGCAUUCGGCAGCCUGGCCGAUAUAAUGAUGUUAAAUGGACAAAUCCCUCGGCAGUGACCCUGGAUCUGCAGCGAUCCCGGACACGUCCCUGAAGUGUGAUUUUAUAAUCAUCGGUUCCCCGAUGCAGAGUGACGGUGAGAAACGCGACUGAUUAUUCAACCGGUCACUCCUUGUCGCCGGUCAGUUAAUUUUGUGUGACUGAGUGAGUCGGGAGCAGGUUAUUUAUUCCCGCACGUCAGCAGUUCACACAUUCUUUAAUUUACAUUUGUCAUGAUGAAAUCAAUAAACCGCUGUAACUUCC